AUGGCAGCAUCACCAGCAGACUCCACGGCCGUCAAAUCCUCUCUUUUCAACGCCUUAUUCUCCCGCCCACUUCCCCUUUACCUCUCCGCCUUCCUCCUCCGUGCCAUCCUCCUCCUCUACAGUCUUUGGCAAGACGCAAACUCGCCAGUCAAAUACACUGACAUCGACUACCUCGUCUUCACCGACGCGGCCCGCUUCGUGUCCCGCGGCGAGUCUCCCUACGCCCGCGAGACGUACCGGUACACGCCCAUCCUGGCCUGGCUUUUGCUUCCCACCACAUGGACAGCAGGCGCGCAAUGGGGUCCCUUGGCGGCCAAGGUGAUCAACACGGCAUGGUUCAGCUCUGGAAAGGUUCUGUUUGCGGCGGCGGAUUUGGUGGCGGGGUGGUUGAUUGAGCGGGUGUUGGUUAUGGGGACUGAUUUUCCUGCUCAAGAGGAGAAGAAGAAGGAAACGGAAGGCGAAGAGAAAGGAGGCAAGACGGGAGGAGGAAAGAGCAACGACGGAACCGCAAUGGCCCCAUCCCGCGCCCGUGCCUUCGCAGCCAUCUGGCUUCUCAACCCUAUGGUAGCCACCAUCAGCACGCGCGGCUCCUCCGAGGGUCUUCUGGGUGUUCUCGUCAUGGCGCUUCUCUGGGCCGUCCUCUCGCGCCGCAUCACCCUCGCCGGCUUGCUUCUGGGGCUCAGCGUGCACUUCAAGAUCUACCCGUUUAUCUACGCGCCGGCGAUCGUGUGGUGGAUGGAUGCUGAACGGCUUGCCGACGACAGAAUUAGGUCGCCCUCGUCGUCCUCGUCGUCGUCCACCUCCACCUCCUCACUCUUCAGAAAGAUGAAAAACUUCCUCACCCUCCCCCGCCUCAACCUGGCCAUAACCUCCCUUGCCACUUUUUUGUCUCUCAACUUCCUCAUGUACGCCCUCUACGGCCAGCCCUUUCUCCAGGAGACUUACCUGCAUCACGUCACGCGGAUUGAUCACCGGCACAACUUUAGUCCUUACAACACUCAACUAUACCUUUCCUCUGCCUCCACACCUCUUCCGACAUCAUCUCCUUCAGCAACAGCACCAUUGGGGCAGCUAAAAAUCGAAUCCCUAGCCUUCCUCCCCCAACUCCUCUUGUCUACCAUCCUCAUCCCCCUCGCCCUGGCCAAAAAGGACCUCCCCACCUCAUUGCUCGCGCAAACUUUUGCCUUUGUCACCUUCAACAAGGUCUGCACGAGCCAGUACUUUCUCUGGUACAUGGUGUUUUUGCCGCUGUACCUGCCGCGGUCUUCGUUUCUGAGGAGUAAGAGGAUGGGGUUGAGCGCGCUGGGGCUGUGGGUGCUGGGCCAGGGGCUGUGGUUGCAGCAGGGGUUUGAACUGGAGUUCUUGGGACGGAGCACGUUCUUGCCGGGUCUGUGGGCGGCGAGCUUGGGUUUUUUUUUGGUGAACUGUUGGAUUUUGGGGGUGAUUGUUGGUGAUGGAGGGAGGUGA